GCAUUUCUGCCGAAACUUGAUGCAGUGCAGACGGUUUUGAUAAGUGCAAUAACUGACAAAAGAGACGUAUGCCAAACGCCCUUUUCGGCGCAUGUCACUGCGUAAGCGGUCGCAAACGACGGGUGAAGACUCAUAGAAAUAAGGUUCAACACCUCGUUGUCUCUACAGUGACAUUUCUCCAAACGCCGAAGAUCUGACAGCGGCGUUCUUAUAUGUUGUAAAGCGCGUUCAUACAACAGCGGUUCUCGAAAACCCGCGCAGCAGUUCCUUCCGAACCGGUUAGUUGCAGAGAGAGAACGGCCGAGGAGAGGAGAAGAGAGGCUUUCGUGCGAGCCGCCGCGGAAACCGGAACCACGUGAUAUCUGGUUGUCGGGGGCCGCUUGCUGCAAUAGCUCACGGUUCAUCCCCUUCAAUUUUUUUCCUGCAAACUCCGGAUUUUUUCCGGCGAUCCAGAGACCCUGAUCUAGAAUCGAGGAGGAGUUUAGAAGGUCUAAGACGCGGUGGAAGCUCGGUUUCCGGCGUACGAAGGCGAAAGCAGACGCCGUCUUUGUGACCCAAUUCCAUUGCUGCAAGCGGCCCCCCGCGCUAACCCAGUGCGACUGAAAGUGAAGUUGCGUGUGUGUGUGUAUGUUGCUUUCGGCGCUAGGCCUUGCCCUUGAUCUCCAAAGCGAAGUGGGGGAAAAAAAGAGCGUGCAGUGGCGGUCGUCGGUUGGACGGUGCCGUAACGACACCGGGAUUUCGUCGUGCAGUCGGCUCGCCGGGCGAUGUUGGUGGAUGGAUCGGCUGACACUUGUUCAGCCUCGGCAAUGAGCAGCGACAACAGCAACGGAUCGUCCAACGGCAACUCCGCGUCGGCCACACUUCCCAUCGUCUCGUCCGGCGCGUCGGGCGGGCCCCCCGUGCUGAGCUCUUCGGCGGGGCCCCUCGUCCUCAGCUCGUCGGGGGGCCACGGAGAUGGCGGUGGAGGUGUCUACCCGGACGCCCCGGACACCAAGGAGGGCAUCGAGGAACUCUGCCCGGUGUGCGGGGACAAGGUGUCCGGCUACCACUACGGCCUGCUCACGUGCGAGUCGUGCAAGGGCUUCUUCAAGCGCACCGUGCAGAACAAGAAGGUGUACACCUGCGUGGCGGACCGGAGUUGCCACAUCGACAAGUCGCAGAGGAAGCGAUGUCCCUUCUGCCGCUUUCAGAAGUGCCUCGACGUCGGCAUGAAGCUCGAAGCCGUGCGAGCGGACCGGAUGCGCGGCGGCCGGAACAAGUUCGGCCCCAUGUACAAGCGCGACCGGGCGCGCAAGCUCCAGAUGCUCCGGCAGAAGCAGCUCACCCAAAACCAGUGUCCCGGCGGCUCGGAGGCCUCGGGAUCCCUCGGGGGCGGAGGCCCCGUCGCGGGGGUCCACUACGCGCUGCCCCCUUCGGCCACGGUCUCGUCUCCCGGUCUCUACUCCCCGGACCCGGGCGGACCCAUCAAGCAGGAGAUCCAGAUCCCGCAGCUCAGCUCGUCUACGAGUUCCCCGGACUCGUCGCCGUCCCCGCUGCCCGGCAUGGUGGGCCAGUCCAUGGCGCUGGUGCCUUCGGGCUCCCAGCAGCAGGGGCCCGCGCAGCAGGGUGGCGGCCACCACUACGGGCCGCAGGGUGAGCCGGCCAAGAGUGCGGCGGCACCCCCGCCACCGUCGCUGCCGGCACCCCCGACGCCCGCCUGGCUCACGCAGAGCGGCCCGUCGUCUCCACCCAAGGCGUUUCCGCCGCCGCAGCCGCCGUACGAACCGGCGCUGGGCGGCGAGCAUCCGGACGACGCCAAGGUCCCGGCCCUGGUGCGGGAGUUCCAGAAGAACAUGAUGGACGACAAGGAGUGGCAGAGCCAGUUGUUCGGCCUCCUUCAGAACCAGACGUACAACCAGUGCGAGGUGGACUUGUUCGAGCUCAUGUGCAAGGUGAUCGACCAGUCGCUCUUCGCGCAAGUAGAUUGGGCGCGGAGCACCAUCUUCUUCAAGGACCUCAGGGUGGACGACCAGAUGAAGCUGCUCCAGCAGUCGUGGAGUGACAUGCUGAUCCUGGACCACCUCCACCAGCGGCUGCACAAUGGGCUGCCGGACGACACGACGCUGCCCAACGGUCAGAAGUUCAGCCUGGUGUCCCUGGCCCUGCUGGGCCUGCCCUCACUCGCCGACCAGCUCCACCACCUGGCACAGCAGCUGCAGGAGCUGCGCUUCGACGCCAUCGAUUAUGUCUGCCUCAAGUUCCUGCUGCUCCUCAACCCAGAGGUGCGGACACUGGGCAAUGUUCGGCUCGUUCACGAAGCCCAGGAGCAGACGAAGCAGGUGCACCUGGAGUACUGCCUCAACAACUACCCUCAAAUGACGGACAAGUUUGGCCAGCUGUACCAGAUGCUGCCGAGCCUGAAGCUGAUCAGCACCCGUGGGGAGGAGUACCUCUUCUACAAGCACAUGAGCGGCAGCGCUCCCUCGCAGACACUGCUCAUGGAGAUGCUCCACGCCAAGAAGAAAUAGCAUCCGGCACCUCCGCUCACCCCCACCACCACCGCCGCCGCUGCCGUGGCCGCGGCCACCGUGGCACCACCUGCCCCCGUCGCGCCGCUUCCUGCCGGUCCGAAGAAGAAGGGCCCCCUCGACCGAAACCUCGUUCGCUCCGCGUCCGUCUGAAACACAAGAGCGCGUCUCUCCUCUUCCGUUAUUUCCGUCUUCUUUCGUUUCUUUCCACCGUCUCCGUCGUCACCUCUUCGUGCCCUCUUGAGGAGGCAGCGCCGUCCUUGUCCCUACGGACGAAAGGCGGCGCUGCCGCGGAGUUUUGCGGAUGACAUUUUCUCUUGGGAAAAGGAGCAGAAAAGAGGAGUGAGAAGGAGAGAGAGAGAUGAUGGCCCAUUCCCUCGCCACCCAUCUAUUUCCCCCCGGCUUUGGCUCGAGCCUGACUCGGCUCAACUUCUUUGCUUGGCUUUUAGCUGCCUAAAAGUGCGCCCGCAACCUCUUUUUUGCAGCAAAGGGAAAGAGGAGGAGUCGAAGGGGGAAAUAUUGAAUCGUGUCCAGAGGUAGAUAUACAUAGGGUAUAUAAAUAUAUCUAUAUAUAUAUAUUAUAUGUACGUACACAUGCAGAUACACGACACACGGGUUCGCAUAUGUGAUAUACGUGUGAGUGCAUCGCAGAGGCGGGCUGCGUGGGCAGGCGUGACAAGAGUGCGGGAUACAUAUUAUAUAUAUAUAUAUAUAUACAUACAUACUUGUAUAGACACAUGUUUGGAAGUUGCAAGUACGGCGUGUGAAAGGGCUCCCUUUGUUUGUCUCACUUGUGUAUUGUCUUUCUUGAGUACUUUGUUUCGGGACGACCUUAGGGAAGUAGAGGGAGAUGGUGAGAGAGACAGGGCAUUUCUUUUGAGGCCCCUCCAAGGUAGCUACAGGAUUGAGAGUGAGCAGUGCCCCAGUAACAAACAACGCUUUGCCAUCAAGCACGCCGCAGUAGUCGGAUAGGCAGUAUGUUUGUUGCUAGGGGCAGACUCCUCACUUCGCUGUCUCCUUUCUUCUGUUGGGUCUUUUCCUUCGAAGUGACUACGUCGUCGUAGCGUGCUCGUCGCUGGGCCAGCGUUGAUGUUGUAUAACGAGAGAAUGGGAAGUGUACACUUUCUCCUUCCUUCACGAGGCUAAAUGGACUCAGGGAAGAGAAAAAAAAAAUAUCUGUUCGUAAGAGAAUUUGUAGAGUGCCUGUUGCCGCUUGUUCGCUGUCUAGAUUUUCCUCUUUUCCGUCGGCCAUGCCUCUGGUUUCUGUGAAAGAUGCUUUUGGUCUUUUUCUAUUUUUUGUCGCUGACUGUCAUUUUUCUCGUUUUCGUUCUUGCGCUUUUUGGGAAAAGAUGCUAUGCUAGUCCCUCUUUAUUAGGGACUUUUUCUUUUCAUCCCCGCAAAUACGAUUGUUUUUUUUCCUUCUCCAACAUGUUGCGCCAUUUCAUAGUCACCGAACCAAUCUUUUUUUUGUGCAUGUCGUCAUCACUUGUUAUUGUUGUUGUUGUUAGAUUUCAUUGUUGUUAGCGAUUGAUUGCUGCACACAAAGAGAGAGAGAGAGAGAGCGAGAGAAAAAAAGAAAAAGCCAGAUAGGUUGUGAGACUGUAACAAAGGAGGAUGCCCGGGAGGUUUUCCGUCAUCUUCGAAGUUGGCCGCACAUUCUCUUUUUUCGGGUGCGCGGACGUGUGUUUGAUUUUGCUGAAAGUUUUGCGAGAAGUGAAAGUGGCACCUUUUUGGCAGGCACUACCAGGGAUGCCCGCCGUUCGUUGCAUAGCUUUUUUGUUUUUAGUUGUUUAACCUUUCCACCGAUGCAAAACAUGGAAUGCCAUAGCCGCCUCCGUCGCCCCAUACUUCGGUUUUCUGUUUUUACUUUCCGUUUGUGUUGACAGGUCGUUUUUACUUUCUUUGUUAUGAUGGUAAUAUUUAUGACACCUUUCAUCUUUUCCUCCGCGACAUUCUGCCUCAGCAUUGUCGGAAGCAUGGGGGGGCCGCUCCACCGAAGAAGGAAGGGCACGCCCCCUUUUCUUUUCCGCACGAGUUUCAUCCAUCAAAUGCGGCCCCACACCUCACAACGAUUAUCCACCCCAGGAACUUCAUAGUUUGCAACCCAUCGGUGCGAUCGGAAGGAGUGCACGCAGCGGGUAGACAAAGCAGCUCAAAUGUGUUUAGCCAUCAUUUUAGUUUUUUUUUUUUUUUAGCAAAGCUGGUUUUUUUGCAACCAGCGGUGUACCUGUAAAUAAGCCACCGUCUUGCAUUAAGGAUGAACGCCGUCGGAUUUGUUUCCUUUCUUCCCUUCGUGCGGGUAGAAAGAAAUACUUUCGGUUUACUUUCUGCUUUUAUUUUUUUGUUUGUUUGUUUCGAGCGGCUCUAGUUCCUCUUCUGUGGUGUAAAGAACAACGCUUGCUUGUGUGAAACCAUGUUGUACGAAUAUUUGGCCCCUGUGAAAGUUCCACAUAACGAUUUUUAUUCAAUACUGGGCUCUUGUUCCUGUGCAAUACUUUUUUUUUUUUAUAACCAGAUUACUGGUCACCGAGUAAUAGUGUUCCAAAAAGAAUGCCUGGUGGUAUCUGUCUGCACAUGAAGUCAUAUUUUGCACAGCUUUCCUUUUCUUGGGCACAGCUUUCCAUCGGUGUUUUUCGGUUCACAUGUUUUCUGUCCAAUGAAACCAGUGCGUGGAGGCUUUAGUUUUCACAUUUAUUGAGCCCAUUUUUGAUAGACCGGCAGAUCUUCACAACUUUUCAACAAAUUUCUCAAAGUUCAGGAGCCUAAUUCCACUUGUCAUAUGCAGCAAAAAGAGAACACUGAACAUACUACACUCAAAUCAUUUGCAACCAUAUGAAAAAAAGAAAAAAAGUUUGUAUUGAAACAUUGUCAUUAUUGGUUCCACGGUAUCUCGAGCGAGAGUUGCAGUUCAUGCAAACGAAGCGAGUAAAAGAAAAAGUUUGUUAGAGUUUGAUUGUCUUCAUUGAAUUUACACUGCCAACAACGCAAGCGUGACAGGAACAACGUAUGUCUGUGUUUGUUGAAUGACUGGAAAUCGUGCAUUGCUCCUUGGAUGUUGGAAAACGUUCUUCGCCACACUUUGGCAUCUCUCUUCGGAAGGGAAAGACUCGGCACGUCGCAAGCCCUCGUCUGCUUUACAGCCGUGACCGCGUUAUCAUCCUGCCACGUUGAAGCACAUUGUAGCAAAUGGGAAAAUGAGUGACACAAGCAAGCAGUCUCGCCGUGUCCGCCCAUCGCGAGCCUAUUCCUCUCUCCUUCUUUUCAGUUUAAAUUGUUUGAGAGAAACCUUGUUAAGUAAACUGAUAAUGUCAGGAAAAACUGGGAUCUAUUACUGCCGGACGGAGUAGUCUAGUUAAGAAGCGCACAACUUAUGUUAGCAUUAGCUUGUUUUCGUCGUUUUCAAUGUGAAUGAUUUAUUGCUUCUUUCGCACAUGAAAAGUGAAACGUCGGAUGUGGUUAUUUGAAAAUGCAGUGCAACCGUUUCUUUGUUGUUUUGUUGGCGGUCUGCCAACGUUUGUCGUUCACAGCCAGCGGUGCUGUCGAGAGAAAACUGCACAUGGGUGACAUAAAAUGGGAGAAUGAAAAGCAGACGACACAGAGGACAGACAGUCGGUGAAAUGUGCCUUAUGUAUACCACGGUGAAAUGAUACACGGCUAAAGUUGAGACAAAGAUGUAAAUUUAAGACUAUAGGAAAGCUUCCCCGUAUAGCUGUUCUAAGCGAGAGAAAAAAUAAAAACAAAUACAGUUAUUUUUUAAGGUUUACGUCGCUUCCUUUUCUUCCCCGAAAAGCCCCCCUCCUUUCCUCCAUGUAUAUCGCCUGUUACAGAGAUCACCACUAGUCAGCAAUAAGUGAAUCAAUAUAAGAGUUAUUCCUCCAGUUUAUCUGUUCCCGCGUAUUGUCGUUUCCGACGAAGCAAUUUUUUCGGUUCGCCAAGUGUUGCCGUUCUUUGACGGAGCGAGCGUCAUAGCAAAGCGCAACUUGAAGGCUUGGCCGUGGACUUGUCUGCAGAGCUUCUGUUAUAGCCACGAUGACAGGGCUAGGCUUGUGGACACCGAGGUGGCAAGCAUGUUCAGCUUUGCACUCCAUGCCCACAAGCAUCACAUCGCUGUCGCUUGUAAAAGUGACGCUCUUUGAAACUGAAAUGGAAGCAUCUCUUCCACCCAAACAACUAAAAAGUUAAAAAUCCCACUGACGAGAAACAUUAAUUGGUAAAACAACUUAGUGGCAAGUGAGAAAUGCACUUUCAUCUCUGGUUUGUUAUGGAGCAGGUUUGGCCAAUGCACACAGGUUUGAUCUAUUGGUUAGACACACAGGCAUCCAAAGCUAAAGAUGGUUCACGGCCAGGCUGCCCCAGUGAAGUAGAGCGACCGAACCAUGCUUGGCUGGCCAUUGAAGGAACUACCACUUUACUCCUGUACUGUGUUGUUACCCCAUUUUGAGAAGAAGAAAAAAAAAGUAUGUGUAUAUGCAUAUUCCAUAACAUAUUCUAUGUACAUGCCGAUCUCAGAUGAAAGAAAAAAAAAAAAUAACCGUCUUGUUGUGCAUGUAAUCUCAUCUUUUGCGCUCUUCUUUUUUUAUGCACCCCUUUUUUUUCUUUCUUUCUCUCGCUUGUUGUUAUUCAUUGAAUGUCUACUGCGCUUGCGCAAAGAUGCACCGCUAUUUUCGAACGAAACACCAACUCCUCGUGGUUAUCAACACAUUACAUGCGGUUUUUACACUAAAAUGUGAACCAAGGUAAAGUAAAAAAAAAAAAAAUAUUGACCGUUGGAACUUGUGUUUUAACACUGCCUUUUUGUAUUUUACACCACCAAGGAAAAAAAGGAAGACAACUUGUACAUUUCAUUGUGGGCUUGGUACGCAUUGUUAUGUUUGUGGUUUCUUUUUUCUCCUUUCAUUGAUGCAAAAGGGGUUAAAAAUAGAGAAGAGACCAAUUGAAACGCUGCUUCUCUGAAGAAAAGUUUGUACGAGGAAUCUUCACCCACUGUUGGAUUGUGUAAAUAAAUUGUUGAUAUUUGA